GAACGGUGCCGCGAAAUUACGCCAAUCAUCAUAAUUACAUUGCUUGAUACCGUAGUUAUUACCGGUUCCAAAUCCAUCGAAAUUCUGAACGAACGCAAGAUUGUGCAAUAAUUAAUUUAGGCAGAAUCGGAAGUAUCGCAACAUGAUUUCCACCAGGAAUACAGUGAUAAGAGUAUUUGGUAUAAUUUUGCUGCGAAACAUCGUUUCGACGUACGCUGCCAUACUACCGGAUAAUUGGCGGGAUUACAUCCAUCCUGACGUUCUCGCAAAAAUGGUAUUGGAAGCGCCGACGCGGUACGAUAGCGAACUGAUGGAAGGCGACAUUGUGGGACUAGAAACACCGGUAAAAACCCAGGGAGCGGCUAAUGCAGUCGACGAUGCGUCCUCAUUUUGGCCAAACAACACUAUACCUUACCAGUUCUCACGCAAAUCUUUAUCUGUAAGCGAUAUCCAGAUGAUACAGGAAUCCAUGAACAUCAUAAGUCGCUUGACGGGCAGCUGUGUCAAAUUCGUGGAGCGAUCGACCGAGAGCGAUUUUAUUACUUUCCAAAAGGGUCUUGGAUGUCUGUCGAUUAUUGGACGGAUUGGCGGCCGGCAGACUAUAUCAUUAUCCAACGCGUGUUUGAAGCAUCACGGUGACGUCCAGCACGAGAUUAUGCACACCCUGGGCUUUUUACACGAACAGUCGCGCCAGGACCGUGACAACUACGUCAUCAUUAAUUGGGAUAAUAUUGCUGAAAGUGAACGCGGUCAGUUUGAGAAGUAUGAAGCGGGAAACACUUACGGACUGCCGUAUGAUUACGAGUCGAUUAUGCAUUAUAAAGUCAACGCCUUUGCCAAAGAUCCCGCGCUGCCCACAAUUCUUCCAAAGAUCAGGAAGACCAAGAUGGGACAGAACGAAAACCUUAGCCCGUUAGACGUAGUGCGCAUUCAUCGACGCUUUGGGUGCGCGGUGCCCACCGCCGCCAAUUUCCUUGGUUUGGAGAUUGUCAUGCCGGUACCGAGCUCCGAGCCUCCCACAAACGCCCUUACGGAAUUAAUUUCUAGUUCAACCGUUACACCAGCUGCUAAAGUACCGUCAAACUGUAUAGCUACUGACCAGUUGUGCACUGCGAACGGGAUCAACGGAGCAUAUUGCUGUAGUGGAUUCUGCUUGGUACUGCCCAACCAACCGAAUGGAACGUGUAAACCGCCUCCAGGUUCCUGCAUACCCAUCGGCGAUCCGUGUAGUUUUGACGACAGUACUAGACUCUGCUGUGAACCGAGAAAGUGCUCACAAAAAGGAAGCGGUAGAGUAGGAAUAUGCGUUAAGAGAUAUCCUUGGGAGACGUCUUUAUGAUGCACAAUUUCUAAAAAGCUAUUGACUGACUACGAAGUACACAUUCUAAACCUUUUCGAAAAAAAUGACCUACGUUAUGCUUGAGCUUAUUAUGCAAAUUUAAUAGUCUGUAAUCAGUAUCUUUGUAAAGUCAUUACUUAUAAUUAUGGCUUUAUGGACAUAAUUCUGUCUGUUAAGCAUUCAAUUUUGCGCGUAUGUCAGUUUUGAUUACCGGCAAAAGGUUACCGAAAAGUGAGGAAAUCAACGACAUUAUGCAUCAUUAUACAGUACUGCUACUGCACAGCACAUAGCACUUUAAUAAUUAUGCAAUAGCCACUAAUAAAUAAAAAAAGGUGCAUUUCCCUUAUCAAAAACGGUCAAACCAGCUAAUGCAAAAGCUUAGAGCAGGAAGAGUAACAUGGAAAUUGUGAAGACAAAUAACUUUUGAUUAUAAACGCGAUAUUAUUAAGUACUAUGUAUUUAUACUCACAUUCAACGCAAAUAACAAUUUUUACGUUUGUAUA